CUCGGAUCCCUUCUCAUUGGUCCCACCCCUCCUGAUUCUCCUGGGCUUUGGGGAUGAGGGAAUAAAAGCAGAGAGCAUUGGUAGGGAGGCUGUGGCUGCAGCCUAGAUUCUCCUCUGGGUUUACGUCUUCCUUGAGUUCACGUCGUGAUGGAGACUCCUCUUGAGAAGGCCUUGACCACCAUGGUCACCACUUUCCAUAAAUAUUCAGGGAGAGAGGGUAGCAAGCUGACCCUGAGUAGGAAAGAACUGAAGGAGUUGAUCACGACAGAAUUGAGUCUUGCAGAGCUUCUUCUAGCCCAGUGGUCAAUUAUGGCAUGCCCCCUGGAUCAGGCCAUCGGCCUUCUUGUGGCCAUCUUCCACAAGUACUCUGGUAAAGAGGGUGACAAGCACACCUUGAGCAAGAAGGAGCUGAAGGAGCUGAUCCAGAAGGAGCUCACCAUUGGCUCUAAACUGCAGGAUGCUGAGAUUGCAAGGCUGAUGGACGACCUGGACCGCAACAAGGACCAGGAAGUAAACUUCCAGGAGUAUGUCGCCUUCCUGGGGGCCUUGGCUUUGAUCUACAAUGAAGCUCUCAAAUAAAAUGGGAAGGUAGAGAUGCCCUUUGGAGGCCUAUCUCAGCCAAAUCCAGUGGUGGGUAAUUGUACAAUAAAUACUUUGUUUUUGUUACAUCUA